AUGCCAGCGACCGCCGCGGGCGAGAGUUUGGAAAACGUGGACAAUGAAGUAGCCACCGCCGUGCGCACCCCGGACGGCGAGGUCCGGCGACAUCCCGACCAGCCGCCGCGCGAGCUGGGGCCGCUCUGCGCCUCGCUACAGGAGUCCGCCGCGGCCGCCAACAACAAGCUCCGGGAGUACCUGCUCGCCGAUGCGCAGCGGCGCGCCGCCGUCGUUCCGCUGUCGCGCGAGCUGGUGGAGAUGCAGACCGUCGCUCGGCUGUAUAUCCGCCGCUGCCGUGCCGUCGUCGGCGCCGAUGACGGGGAUGAGGAGACGCUGCUGCUGCUGCCGAGGGCCGUGCUGCAUCGCCUCGUCGCCGUGGUGCAGCAAGCUGGGCGGCUCGUGUCUGGUCUUCCGCGUCUGCUCGAGACGUUGAGCGCCGCGAGCGCGGGCCCCGAGCAGGACGGCAUCUCGACGGAACAGCUCGCCGCGCAGCUGAGCAUGGUGACGGCGACGGCCAGUAUUUGCACGGCGGCCUUGAACCUUGGCCUCGAUGCCAUGCUUUUAGGCCCUUCGCUGCAACCCGCCCCAGAGGCAGCGAGCGAGUCCGAAUUGCCUGCGUAUGAGUCCACACAACUUCUCGAGGACGUGCUACGUCUUCGGUUGCGGCUGUCAAAUUCGAGCUCCGACGAAGCAGAGUCGUCUACUCUGCUACCAGCCAUAUCAGAAUUCCUUGACCAACUGCAGAGCCAGAUGGGACAAAGCUCUACCUCACUGCUGGUUCCUGCUGUCGCAGAAUCCAACGCGGAAUCCAGACCGUCGCAAUCCGACUCUGCCUCCCUCAGCUCCCAUCUGCCGCCGAGCAGCGGACUCCAGCAGUCGUCGCCUGCCUACGACUCGGUCCGCGUCGAGCACCCGGCGCCGGCGUCCAUCUCCCUGCAGCACUACUCGCGCAAGACGCUCGUCGACGGGGAAAUUGUGAGCGUGGCCUUUGUCACCAAGAACGGCGCGCCGUUUGUCACGGCCAACAACAUGACGGCGCCGACACGCUUCUACCCGCUGCACGUCGGAGCGCCCGGCCAAUUUGUCGCGCCCCACGGCGGCGGGUGCAUGGUGUUUCCGCCGCCGUCCCAAGGCACGACGGCGGCGUCCACCCCCUGGGCGUACGUGACCGACGACGAGCCCGGCGCGGCCGGCGCCACCGCCAGCAACGCGGCCCACGCGCCGCCAUGGCAGCACGACGGGAGCGACUUCCGCCGACCGGUGCUCUGCAUCGGCGACUUCGCCACCGGGCGGCGGGGGGCGCCGCCGGCGCUGCUCGGCGUCACGCCCGACGGCAACGUCGUCGUCUCCGUGUGGGGCGACGUCGUCUACCGCUGGCACCACGCCACCGGCGCCGUCGACUCCUUCUCGCUCGGCGCACGCCGCGUCCGCGAGGGCUGGCCCGUCGCCCUCUCCCCGGACUGCCGCUUCCUGCUGUGCCGCAACGACGAGGGCGUCGACGUCAGCGACGCCCACGCCGGCCGCCUGCUCUUCACCGUCAACUUUAGCCGCGGCUUCCUUACCGCCGCCGCCUUCAGCGCCGACGCCAAGUUUCUCGCCCUCGGCAAGGCGUCGUCAUGGGUCGGGCCCAAGGUGUUGCAGUCGACGCUGGACAUUUGGCGACUCGAGUUUUGA